AAUACGCAGACAUGGCUCGAGCGUGGAGGGCCGCCCAGGGAAAGGACUCUGGGCCUUUGGAGAAGCAGAAACCUGCUUGCACCCCAAUGAGGAGGCCAGGCAUGCUCGUGCCGAAGCAGAACGUCUCACCCCCGGAUAUGUCAAGCUUGUCUCUAAAAAAUGAUCAAGCUCUCCUUGGAGGCAUUUUUUACUUUCUGAACAUUUUCAGCCAUGGCGAGCUGCCUCCGCACUGUGAGCAGCGCUUCCUGCCCUGUGAGAUCGGCUGCGUGAAGUACUCGCUCCGGGACGGCAUCCUGGCGGACUUCCACAGGUUCAUCAGUCCCGGUGAAAUCCCACGAGGAUUCCGGUUUCAUUGUCAGGCUGCAAGUGAUUCUAGUCACAAGAUUCCUAUUUCAAACUUUGAGUCUGGGUGUGACCAAGCAACUGUGCUGCAAAACCUUUACAGGUUCAUUCAUCCAAACCCAGGGAAGUGGCCACCCAUCUACUGCAAGUCUGAGAGGACGGCGUUAACUGAAGGUGACCGGGCAGGAGGAGUACAGUCAGUGUGUUCUGUCCCGCAGUCUGACGACAGAGCCAGAGUGAGCUGGUGUCUGAAACGCAUGGAGAGAACGUCCGAAAUCCAGCAGAAUCUAGAACUUCUCGCUGUUGAGGAUCUUGUUGUGGGGAUCUACCAGCAAAAGUUUCUCAAGGAGCCCUCCAAGACCUGGGUCCGGAGCCUCCUAGACGUGGCCAUGUGGGAUUAUUCUAGCAACACGAGGUGCAAGUGGCAUGAAGAACACGACAUCCUCUUCUGUGCGCUAGCUGUUUGCAAGAAAAUUGCGUACUGCAUCAGUAACUCUCUGGCCACGCUCUUCGGGAUCCAGCUCACGGAGGCCCACGUGCCCUUGCGGGAUUAUGAGGCCAGCAACAGGGUGACACCCAAAAUGGUGGUCUUGGAUGCAGGGCGGUACCAGAAGCUAAGGCUUGAGAGUCCAGGAUUCUCUCAUUUCAACUAUUCUUCUAAUCAAGAACCAAGAUCAAGCCCACACACAGCGGACUGCCCUCCUGGGGUGAAGCCUCCGGGCCCCAGCAGCAGUGUCCGGGGCAGAGGGAUCACACGCCUGCUGGAGAGCAUGUCGGCGUCCGCCAGCAGCGUGCCCGGCGCUCCCCUGCCCUGGCCCCAGAGGAUGGGUGCCCGCCCUGCUCCUCCCUGCCUCAAUGAUGGCACUUCCCAGUUCCUGGGGCAGUAACAGACCUCCCUUCUGACUGCAGUCAUGUCAACAGGCAACUCAUCAGUGGGACCAGCACUGCUCUGGAAACUAGUUUGUGAGGAAGCUCGGUUUCAUAGAUUAAAAGUAAUUGUGGUUGGAGAAGAUUUGGGCAUUUUUUGCUUUUUUCUCAAGGGCUAGUUCUGCUUCCUGACUGGAUAAUGGCAAUGCCUUUGAAGGGUUGAGUCUCUAAGGACGAAACUGGCAUUUUCAGAGUUGUGCUUUUGCAAAUGUUCUAUUUUGAUAAUCUUUUCCUCCACAAUAAAGGUAUCGAAUAUCUGUUAUGAAAGGUUUUAAAACAGUGUUGAUGUGUUUCUUCCAAUGAUGACAUGCAGAACCUUUCUCUCGAGACCUGCUGGCUGUUUUCAUUGCAGAUG